AUGGGGAGAGGAGAGAUAAAGGAGGAGAGGGGAGAAAGAGAAAGGAGGAGAGAGGAGCAGAGGGGAGAAGGGAGAGGAGAGAGGGGAGGGGAGAGCGGAAAGCGGAGAGAUGAGAAGAGGGGAGAGAGGACAGGGGAGAGGAGAAAAGAGAGAGGGGAGGGGACAGAGGAGAGGGGAGAAAGGGGAGCAGAGAAAGGAGAGGGGAGAAGAGAGGAGGGAGGAGAGAAGGGAGAAGAGAGGAGGAGAGGAGGGGAGAGGAAGAGAGGGGAGACAGGGGAGGAGAGAGCAAACUGUCUCAUUAUUUUCUGUAUUUCAGAGUCUGUGGUGACAAUAUUCAAAAACACACGUUGGACCCUCUCCUUCCCCCCCUCUCCUCUCUCCUUCCCUCGCUCUCCUCUCUCCUUCCCCCCCUCUCCUCUCUCCUUCCCCCCCUCUCCUCUCUCCUUCCCCCCCUCUCCUCUCCUUCCCUCGCUCUCCUCUCUCCUUCCCCCCCUCCUCCUCUCUCCUUCUCACUCUCCCCUCUCCUUCCCUCUCUCUCCUCUCUCCUUCCCUCGCUCUCCUCUCUCCUUCCCUCGCUCUCCUCUCUCCUUCCCCCCCCCCUCUCUCCUCUCCUUCCCUCGCUCUCCUCUCUCCUUCCCUCGCUCUCCUCUCUCCUUCCCCCCCUCUCCUCUCUCCUUCUCACUCUCCCCUCUCCUUCCCUCGCUCUCCUCUCUCCUUCCCCCCCCUCUCCUCUCUCCUUCUCACUCUCCCCUCUCCUUCCCUCUCUCUCCUCUCUCCUUCCCCCCCACUCCUCUCUCCUUCCCUCGCUCUCCUCUCUCCUUCCCUCGCUCUCCUCUCUCCCUUCCCCCCCUCUCCUCUCUCUCUUCUCACUCUCCCCUCUCUCUCCUCCCCUCGCUCUCUCCUCUCUCCUUCCCCCCCUCUCCUCUCUCCUUCUCACUCUCCCCUCUCCUUCCCUCUCUCUCCUCUCUCCUUCCCCCCCUCUCCUCUCUCCUUCUCACUCUCCCCUCUCCUUCCCUCUCUCUCCUCUCUCUCCCCCCCUCUCCCUCUCUUCCUCCCUCCUCUCUCUCUCCUUCCCCCCCUCUCCUCUCUCCUUCCCUCGCUCUCUCCUCUCUCCUUCCCCCCCUCUCCUCUCUCUCCUUCUCACUCUCCCCUCUCCUCCUCUCUCUCCUCUCUCCUUCCCCCCCUCUCCUCUCUCCUUCUCACUCUCCCCUCUCCUUCCCUCUCUCUCCUCUCUCCUUCCCCCCCUCUCCUCUCUCCUUCUCACUCUCCCCUCUCCUUCCCUCUCUCUCCUCUCUCCUUCCCCCCCUCUCCUCUCUCCUUCCCUCGCUCUCCUCUCUCCUUCCCCCCCUCUCCUCUCUCCUUCUCACUCUCCCCUCUCCUUCCCUCGCUCUCCUCUCUCCUUCCCCCCCCUCCUCUCUCCUUCUCACUCUCCCCUCUCCUUCCCUCUCUCUCCUCUCUCCUUCCCCCCCUCUCCUCUCUCCUUCUCACUCUCCCCUCUCCUUCCCUCGCUCUCCUCUCUCCUUCCCCCCCUCUCCUCUCUCCUUCCCUCGCUCUCCUCUCUCCUUCCCCCCCCUCUCCUCUCUCCUUCCCUCGCUCUCCUCUCUCCUUCCCCCCCUCUCCUCUCUCCUUCUCACUCUCCCCCCUCUCCUUCCCCCCCUCUCCUCUCUCCUUCCCUCGCUCUCCUCUCUCCUUCCCCCCCACUCCUCUCUCCUUCUCACUCUCCCCUCUCCUUCCCUCUCUCUCCUCUCUCCUUCCCCCCCUCUCCUCUCUCCCUUCCCUCGCUCUCCUCUCUCCUUCCCCCCCUCUCCUCUCUCCUUCUCACUCUCCCCUCUCCUUCCCUCGCUCUCCUCUCUCCUUCCCCCCCACUCCUCUCUCCUUCUCACUCUCCCCUCUCCUUCCCUCUCUCUCCUCUCUCCUUCCCCCCCUCUCCUCUCUCCUUCUCACUCUCCCCUCUCCUUCCCUCGCUCUCCUCUCUCCUUCCCCCCCUCUCCUCUCUCCUUCCCUCGCUCUCCUCUCUCCUUCCCCCCCUCUCCUCUCUCCUUCCCUCGCUCUCCUCUCUCCUUCCCCCCCUCUCUCUCUCUCCUUCUCACUCUCCCCUCUCCUUCCCUCGCUCUCCUCUCUCCUUCCCCCCCACUCCUCUCUCCUUCUCACUCUCCCCUCUCCUUCCCUCGCUCUCCUCUCUCCUUCCCCCCCUCUCCUCUCUCCUUCCCUCGCUCUCCUCUCUCCUUCCCCCCCUCUCCUCUCUCCUUCUCACUCUCCCCUCUCCUUCCCUCGCUCUCCUCUCUCCUUCCCCCCCUCUCCUCUCUCCUUCCCUCUCUCUCCUCUCUCCUUCCCCCCCCUCCUCUCUCCUUCCCUCUCUCUCCUCUCUCCUUCCCCCCCUCUCCUCUCUCCUUCUCACUCUCCUCUCUCCUUCCCCCCAUCUCCUCUCUCCUUCCCCCCCUCUCCUCUCUCCUUCCCUCGCUCUCCUCUCUCCUUCCCUCUCUCUCCUCUCUCCUUCCCCCCCUCUCCUCUCUCCUUCUCACUCUCCCCUCUCUCCUUCUCACUCUCCCCUCUCUCCUUCUCACUCUCCCCUCUCCUUCCCUCGCUCUCCUCUCUCCUUCCCCCCCUCUCCUCUCUCCUUCUCACUCUCCCCUCCAGAAUAUAUGCAUGUGUUAA